AUGUUCCUUCUAGGGACGAAACUCUCCAUCUAUCUAUCUAUCUAUCUAUCUAUCUAUCUAUCUAUCUAUCUAUCUAUCUCAUUCUGUUCAUAUCUGUCUAGGCCACUGUAUUUUUCUUUCAUUUUACCGUUAUUUCUUCUUUCUUUCUUUCUUUCUUUCUUUCACUUUUAUUUUUCACUCAACCUUUCUUUCUUUCUUUCUUUCUUUCUUUCUUUCUUUCUUUCUUUCUUUCUUUCAAGUUUGCUGCCAAUGCACCUGUCUAUCUCACUCUUUCAUAUCUAUCUAUCUAUCUAUCUAUCUAUCUAUCUAUCUAUCUAUCUAAAGACUGUUCAUAUCUAUCUAUCUAUCUCUUUCAGUUCAUAUCUAUCUAUUGAUGUUAAACUUAACUCUUUCUAUCUUACAACACUAUCUAUCUAUCUAUCUAUCUAUCUAUCUAUCUAUCUAUCUAUCUAUCUGUUGAUUUAUCUCUAUCUAGCUAGCUACCUAUUAAGCUUAGUUUUAUCCUUUCCCUCCUCUUUUUCGUUCUUCCCUUUCUCUUCCAUUCUCUUUUUAAAUCUCAACUUCCCUUCUCUUCUUCUGUUUCUUUUCUCACUUCCUCUUUCUUUCCAUUUUCUAAAUCUCUCUAUUUCUUUCUCUUCUUCGCUUAUCUUCUCUUUUAUUCCAUUUUUGCUUCUCUUCCAUAUUUUCGUUUUUCUCUUUCUCAUUAUUAAUUUCUCUUUUUUUAUUCAAUCUAAGAUUAAAAAAAAAAGAGAGAAAAAGAUCAAGUAA